AUGGGAAAGAUCACCUUCUACGAGGACCGGGGCUUCCAGGGCCGCUGCUACGAGUGCAGCAGCGACUGCCCCAACCUGCAGCCCUACUUCAGCCGCUGCAACUCCAUCCGGGUGGACAGUGGCUGCUGGAUGCUCUACGAGCGCCCCAACUACCAGGGCCACCAGUACUUCCUGCGGCGCGGCGAGUACUCUGAGUACCAGCAGUGGAUGGGCCUCAGCGACUCCAUCCGCUCCUGCCGCCUCAUCCCCCCAGUGAGUCAUUCCGGCACUUACAGAAUCAGGAUCUACGAGAGAGAUGACUUCAGAGGACAAAUGUCAGAGCUCACAGAUGAUUGUAUCUCUCUUCAGGAACUCUUCCACCUCACUGAAGUCCACUCCCUCAACGUGCUGGAGGGCUGCUGGGUCCUCUAUGAGAUGCCCAGCUACAGAGGGAGGCAGUACCUGCUGAGGCCAGGGGAGUACAGGAGAUAUCUUGAUUGGGGAGCUAUGAGUGCCAAAGUUGGUUCUUUUAGACGUGUCGUGGAUUUUUACUGA